GCGCGCGCAGCAGCAGCCGCUCGCGCUCCGUUUGCGCGCGGCGCGCAGCGGCAGGAAGUGUGUUGUCGAAGCGGCGGUAGAGCGAGAGAGAGAGAGAAAGAGAGAGAGAGAGAGAGGGGGGGAAGAGCCGAAAGCCAGGAGCCAAAAAAGUCGGUGUUUCUACCGGAGGAGGAGAAAAAUAAAUUAUGCUUAAUCCGUGAAACGUGCAUCUUCCACACCUCCACGCGGUGCAUCGAUCUCCCGCGCGGGCACAGAGGCCGAUCGAGGGUGAGACCUCAUUGGCUGGUGUGACCCCCGCAGGCCCGCCUCCUUCCAAGGUGGGCCCUGAUUGGCUGGACCGGCACCGGGGAUAUAAUGGCCGCCCCUCAGCUGAAGAGCUAAGCACCGCUGUUUUCCUCCUCCGCCUCCCUAAUGCACUGUUCAUCGCUUUUGUUGUGAACCGCGAUUCUCCGACCGAUUAGCGUUAGAGUACUAUGGCAAUGCAUGAUAUGAGUCGAGCCAAGGGUUUCCCCUGUAAAGAGUGUGAUAUGGUUUGUCCGAGUACUCCAAGUCUUCUAGAACAUAUGAAAGCACAUUAUCAGCAGGAAGAGAACGGUCGCUUCGAGUGUGAACAGUGUGGCAGAAUUUACAAGCACGCAGCCAGCUUAGCCAAUCAUAAGAAGUCUCACGAGGUGGGUUCGUUCCAGUGCCCCGUUUGCACCCGCACCCUGCCCAACGCCGUCGCCUUGAAGAACCACCUCCGCAUCCACACGUUGUCCCCCAGCAGCGCCCACGCAGAAGAAGAGAGCGAAGAGGUUCCCGAAGAAGCGGGCCACGACGAGAGGGACUACGGCCUCGCCCAAGACCUCUCCGACGGGUUUGGGCGCCCUCAUUUGAAUAAUAGUGGCAUGGUCCACAGUGUCCAACAAAGCCACGAGACAGACGACCACGGGAAAAAAGGCUCCCCCGAAUCCGACGACGCCUGGGACCGACCCUUCAAGUGUGACCAGUGCGACCGGACAUACCGGCACCACGGCAGUCUGGUGAACCACAAGAAGUGUCACCAGCAAGGAACUUUCAAGUGCUCUGUUUGUUUCAAACAAUUCAGCAACCUGGCUGCCUUAAACAGCCACGAGAGAACUCACUCGAAGUUCAAGACCCCCGGGGCGACCAUGGUGAGCAGCAGCAGCCUCCACGGCUCGGAGCGCGGCGGUGGCACGCAGGCCUCUCAGAGCGAUGACACGGCUUCAUGCUUCUGCCACCUGUGCCAGAUAGCGCUGCCAAAUAAGACAGACUUUCAGGAGCACAUCCUGCUGCACAACGCGGCCUCGCCCUCCCUCGGCCUGCCGCGCAGCUUCCCGGGCAUCAUGCCCCACAAUCUGAGUGCGGUUCGAUCCACGGCGUACCCCCCCACUCUGGGUGACCCUCUGCCGCUGCCACCCCUGCCCAGUGACAAGAGAGGUCCCUAUGACCCCAUAAUGGGCCCUCCGGUCAACAAUCCCAUCUACACAUGCGCAUACUGUGGCGCGGGACACCCAGAUCUGGAGACCUUGAAAGUCCACUAUCUGACCCAUGACCCCCACCCGGGCUCCCACGGCCAGGAUGGCUCCCUCCUCAAUUCGGACACACUAAGCUCUGGUUCACAGGGCUCGGUGUCUUCCCCCUCCGGAGGCCGCGUGCCCCAGGCCAACUCUCCGGACAAUGGAGAGCGCCGAUUUAAAUGCGGGGAAUGUGGCAAGAGCUAUCGGCACGCGGGAAGCCUUGUCAACCACAAACGCUGCCAUCAGACGGGCCACUACCAGUGCACCAUCUGCUGUAAGCAGUACCCUCACCUGGCGGCGCUACACAGCCACCUGCGGAGUCACAAGGGGCGCGGCUCCAACCAGCCGAUCAAUAACGACAGCAAUGACUGGCUGUCUCCGGAGCCGCUGACUCUGGACUCCCAGCAGAGCUAUGUCCAGGAGGGCAGUGGUGCGACCACUCCAAUUUCUCUGCCGGGGAAUCUCGGGGACGCUGCCCACUUCGUACCGGACAGUGGCCACAGCAGCGGGCUGGACUCCCUCGAGUUUCACGAUCGCUUCGACGGCAGCUCGCUUUCCCAGAGCAACUCUGCCCACCGGCAGGCCGACAGACACGUGUGCGCCGACUGUGGCGAGAUGUACGGCGACGUGUCCGGCAUCAAGUCGCACAUGUGUCCCCGUCGUGGCCAGCAACCACAGCAGAGCACCAUGUCCAAUGGUUUCAUGGGGAGCAUGAACUACCACAGCUCCAGUGGAACCUCGCUGCCCACUGGGAGCUCCAGCAGCCUGAAGGAAGGCAGCAGCCAGCGACAGUACUCCCAGAGCGCAGGCAAGAGAAUGGGUAGCAAUGAAAAAGACGACGAGGACGAUGGGGAGGUGUAUCAGUGCUCGGUGUGCGGCAACCACUACGCCAGCCUUCGAGCCCUCAGAAGCCACCUGCGUAGCCAUGCCAAUAACCCGACAGGGCCAGGACCUUCCACUCUUGAGCAGGAGUGGAGGAUGAUCUGCUCCACCUGUGGCCAGAGCUUCUCCAGGAAGCAGGACCUCCUGAAUCACCAGUUAGUCCACGGCCCCCAAAGGCCGGACGGCCAGCAACAAGGCAUCGUAGGCAGCUCUGCCAACGGCAACGACAAGAUGGACGGACGCAACCACAUCUGUGUCGACUGCGGAAUGUUCUUUGCUGACCGCCACCACCUGAUCACCCACCUGUGCCCUGGCAAGAAUCGGGCCAGCUCCCUGAGCAAGCAGGGCCUGAACGGAGCCAAAGGGAUGUCUGGAGGAGACGGCAACGGCGUUGCCGGAGGAAGCCGUGAUGUCGGCGGCGAUGGACGCAGGCCGAUGGUUGACCAAAGUGACAAACCCCACAAGUGCGACCAAUGUGGACGAGGAUACAGGCACCCUUGCUCACUCCUCAACCACAAGAAGUCCCAUAAGACGGGUGUGUUCCGCUGCUUGGUGUGUCAGAAGCGCUACUACAAUUUGUUGGCGCUCAAGAACCACCAAAGGACCCACUUUGAUCUCAAGAGGCACAAGUGUGAGGAAUGCGGCAAGGCCUUCAAGAUCCAGAAGCAGCUGAUCAACCACCUCCGUCUCCACGAGGAGCACCGGGCCAAAGGCCUCGUUCGGACCGGCGGCAACAGUUCCCGCUUCCAGCAGCCCGGCCCGUCUCAGAUGCAGAGCAUGAGGGGCGAGUCGUCAAAGGGUCCAGGAGGGGGCGUGAAGUACAGCCACCAAGGCUUCAAAAAGCCCUACUCGUCCGCGGGAACCUCCAGGCCCCAGAAGUUUGACCCUGCCGAGACCGGGCGGCGGCCUUUCGCCUGUGAGGAAUGCGGCAAGACGUACCGGCACGCAGGCAGCCUGGCCAACCACAAGAACCUUCACAAAAUCGGGGAGUACCACUGCAACGUCUGUAACUCCACGUACCCCAACCGGCUGGCCAUGAAGAACCAUCUGCGGCUGCACUUCGCCCAGAAGAAGCACAACUGCCAAGAAUGUGGCAAAGGCUUCCGCACCCAGAGGCAGCUGGCGACCCACACCACGGCCGGCCUGUGCAAAGGGCCCCAGGGCCCCGGGGUCCAGAUGGACUUUGAGUGCGACGGCUGUUGUGAAGGUUUCACAACGGCGGACGAGCUUGCGGCCCACGACUGCCCGGCCCAGCACCUCCCCUCGUCCUCCUCCACCAGCAGCUCCGCCAACAUCAGCCUGGAGAGGAGCUCGGUGGAGCUGGACUCCGACGAGAGGCCCUACGCCUGCGACCUGUGCAGCUGCGCCUACAAGCAUGCCAGCUCGCUGCUGAACCACAAGCACACCCACAAGACGGGCAACUUCCGGUGCAACUUCUGCGACAAGCCGUACACUAACUACAUGGCGCUGCGCAACCACAUGCGCAUCCACACCCAGCGGAAGAAGCACAUCUGCCACACCUGUGGGAAGGCCUUCCGGCUGGCCAGGUUCCUCCGAAACCACCAGAAGGUCCACGAGGAGGGUGCCACCCCCUUCGGCUGCCCCACCUGCGGGAAGAGCUUCCAGGGGAGGUCCGGUCUCGCCAGGCACCGCUGCGGGGACAACCAGGUAGGCAUGGAAGUGAGGAGGAAGCCAACGGCACCCGCGGGAGAGAGCGACGAGUGUCGGUACACAUGUGAUCAGUGCGGCCGGUCGUACCGCCACGCCAGCUCCCUCCUCAACCACAAGAACACCCACACCGUCGGCAUCUACCAUUGCGCCGUGUGCCUCAAGACCUACUCCAACCUGCUCGCCCUGAAGAACCACCGCCGCAUCCACUCAGAGACACGGCGCCACCGCUGCCACGACUGCGGCAAGGCCUUCCGCGUCUCGUCCCAGCUCUACAACCACCGCCGCGUCCACCAGAAGCAGCGGGAGCUGACCUGCCGGUCCUGCCAGCGGGCUUUCCCCACACAGGCCAGCUUCCGGCUCCACAUGGAGAUCACCCACGGCCAGGCGCCGCAGCCCCGCCAGCCCAGACCCCAGCAGCCCCGACCGGGGGGCUCCCAGGAGCUGGGCUGGGGGUCCGGCCUGGACCUCACCCUGAUGCAAGAGCAAGGACUCAACCCGAGCAGUGUGGGCAAAGCCCGCGGCCGCCACAGCGAGGCCGCCAAACCCCACGUGUGCGAUCAGUGCGGCCGGUCGUACCGCCACGCCAGCUCCCUGCUCAACCACAAGAACAGCCACAAGACCGGGACCUACUUCUGCAACUCCUGCCAGAAGGAGUUCCCCAACCUCAUGUCCCUCAAGAACCACCGGCGGAUCCACACCGAGCCCAAACGCUACCAGUGCCCCGACUGCGGCAAGUCCUUCCGGGUGUCCACCCAACUCAUUUGCCACCGCCGCAUCCACACCAAGGAGAAGCCGUUCUCCUGUCAACAGUGCGACAAGCGCUUCUCCUCCAAGUCAAACCUGAGGCACCACCUGAAGGUGCACUGGAGCGGCUCCACGGCGCCCCCCAUGGCUGUGGGGGCGCCCAACUUCUUGGGUAUGCCCAGCGGCGCCUUCAUAUAACCUAAGGGAUGGGGGGCACGAGACACGGGGAGGAGGCGGGGAAUUGCAGUCACAUGCCAAUUUUUGGAAGUGACAAAACUGCUCACCCUCCUGCCUCACUUCUCCAGUGUGUGUGUUUGUGUGUAACAGACUCACAAAGCAGGAGGGACAACAUAAAAUGGACGCCACACACACACUUUCUGACCAUCCUUCAUGGACGACCCACGAGGCCCAGGUGGUAAUCGUGUCCCAGACUGUAGACGCGACAUCACUUCCUGCUGCACACGGCUCGUAGAGACUGAAGAGUCCGCUGGUGGGAGGUCUGGUUUCAUCAUGUCCAUUUCAAACCCCGGGAGCUGAUUGGUGCUUCAGUUGUUCUCCUGCUGAUGUUUCUGGGGAGUUCUUCUCUCUUGGCCUUCGUCACCGUGUUUUUAAAGUCAAACGGGAACAAUGUGUUUUUAAUUUGAGAUACUGGUGAAGACCAGAGAGCGUUGCUUUGUGUUUCUUUUUCUCGGUGGUUUGACAGGACGAAGCAAAGACUUUGCAUAGAUGUGAGUGUGUGUUGCCGUCGCCUCGUUCACACACACUCUUCAGCGUGUGGAGCGCUUCAUUUGCUCGUCCACACAUUUCGUCCUGAAGUAAACGAACCUCCUGCCGUGGUCUUCAUCAGCAGGUGAAGAAGAGCUCGUCAUGUAUAAACUGUCCGGUGUCUGACCUCGAGUCAAAGAGAACCCGAAUAAUACCAUUAUUUAUCAGCCAACCGUUAACCAUGUACGUCUUAAAGAGACAGUACCCCAUGGACGACGACCCGCGUGUCAAAUACGAAGCCAUCGAGUUUAUUGGUUUAAAACGAGUUGCCCCUCUCUGCCCUCCCCGUUGCCCUCUCUGGUGCCCUCCCCGUUGCCCUCUAUGUUGCCCUCUCCGUUGGCCUCCCCGUUGCCCUCUAUGUUGCCCUCCCCGUUGCCCUCUAUGUUGCCCUCCCUGUUGCUCUCUCCGUUGCCCUCCCCGUUGCCCUCUAUGUUGCCCUCUCCGUUGCCCUCCCCGUUGCCCUCUAUGUUGCCCUCCCUGUUGCUCUCUCCGUUGCCCUCCCCGUUGCCCUCUAUGUUGCCCUCUCCGUUGCCCUCCCCGUUGCUCUCUAUGUUGCUCUCUCCGUUGCCCUCUAUGUUGCCCUCUCCGUUGCCCUCUAUGUUGCCCUCCCCGUUGCUCUCUAUGUUGCUCUCUCCGUUGCCCUCCCCGUUGCCCUCUAUGUUGCCCUCCCUGUUGCUCUCUCCGUUGCCCUCCCCGUUGCCCUCUAUGUUGCCCUCUAUGUUGCCCUCUCCGUUGCCCUCUAUGUUGCCCUCCCCGUUGCUCUCUAUGUUGCUCUCUCCGUUGCUCUCCCCGUUGCCCUCUAUGUUGCCCUCCCUGUUGCUCUCCCCGUUGCCCUCCCGUUGCCCUCUAUGUUGCCCUCUCCGUUGCCCUCUAUGUUGCCCUCCCCGUUGCUCUCUAUGUUGCUCUCUCCGUUGCUCUCCCCGUUGCCCUCUAUGUUGCCCUCCCUGUUGCUCUCUCCGUUGCCCUCCCCGUUGCCCUCUAUGUUGCCCUCCCCGUUGCCCUCUAUGUUGCCCUCCCCGUUGCCCUCUGUGUGUGAACGAGGGCAGAAUCCCGUCCGAUCCGACUGGGUUGAGAGACAGAAACCACAGAGGACUUAAAACACACAAAGUACCGCUGCGGUGUAUAUUGUUGGAUCCUGUAUUGUACUUGUACUUACUUGUACUUACUUGUAUUGUACUUGUGAUAUCUACAGUAGCUCUUUUAUAAGAAGGACACAAGACAACAGAUCAUUGUAGUAAUGCAUUUAUUUAUAUUAUUAUUAUUAUUAUUAACACUUGUAAUGGCCGGCGCUAGUCUGUAGGAUGUGAGUUUAGAGCUGUGUUGAUGUAAACACCCCCGUUACCCACAAUGCCCCUGUUCUGUGGAGAUGAUGGACAGUGUUUUCUUGCCUUUAACUAAGUGAUGUUGUGACGGUCUUUCUCAGUCGAGCCCUCCCACCAUCCUCUCUUCCAUAUUGACCCCCCCCCCCACACACACCACGUCACUUCCUGUUUUACGAGAAUCAAACAUUGAAAAGGGACGACUCGUGACUCCUCUUUAUGGGGGCGCAUUCAGUCCUCAUCAGUGGAACCUCUUUAUGGUUUUUAUGGUAACCUCUUGUAUUUAUUGGUGUUAUUAUUUUUCCUUCAUAUUUAAUUGCGUUGUUGAAUCCUCUGUGUGUGUUUUAAACACAGUUUGUCAGCGUGUUCAAGAGCACUGGUGCUAGUUUAAAAAAAAGAAAAGAUGAAGCCGUGCUGUAGGAGUCAUGUGAUCUAGAACAGCCAAUCAUAACUGUACAUUCUCUCUUUCUUUUCUUCUCCUCCGCCAUGUUGGAUUUGGACUCUUUCCUGCAUUUAUUGUAGUUUCUAGAGGAGGAAAAGAUUUGGUUUGGAACGACUAUAACCCCCUUUUUUUGUUUCCAUGCAUAUAUAUAUGUAAUGCUUACUAUACACUUUUAUAAACUAUGUUUUGAUAAUUCAUUUCUUAACAGAAAAAUGUGUCCAUAUAUUAUAACCCUUACUGCUGAGUACUGAAAAUAAAUAGCUGA